CUACGGCGGCCGUUACAGCAGGCUGCGCCAGAAUAACCUAAGGGGAGCGCUUAAGGACCUCUUUGGAAUCCUGGCACUCUUCUUCGGGCUUUUGCAAUCAGCACUAAAUCGUUAUUCUCACUACUCGGAAUGAUUCUCGCUCUGGUUGCCAGUGUCAUUGUGGCUUCGGUGGCUUCGAACGGGAGUCCACUUGUGAAAGAGGAGCAAGCCUUAAGCAUUGCAGAGUCACCCUCCGUCGGCGAGAAAAAAUCACAGCAACUCGAAGACUUGCCUCUGUAUCAGCCGACAGUUGCAGACCCACUUGAGCUGAUCAAGCAUCCGCCAACGACAGUUGCAGCUCCGUACAUUGACCCUGUUUAUAUAAACAACGAGUAUAGAAAGGUGUACAAAGUACGAGGAGACUACGAUAUCAGAAUGAGGGACAUUAAUAAACGAGCCAAGGAAAGAAAAAAACUCGACGUCCCAGAUAAAAGUUUGCCUGGCGAAGGCGCGACAGACUCGACGAAUUCAACUGCGUCGAAUGGUGAUAAGGAUUCUCGUCUUCCGACGCGCCGUAUUCCCGGCUUAAAGCGACCUCACAAUAGGGAUCGAUCUGACGCACGUCGCAGGAACAUCCCGAGGCCAUCAUUGGAGCCGGAUCGUCGCCACCAUAGGCAAGAUCCUGGUUAUGAGCCAGAGCCGGAGCCACUUCCAAGGACACCAUCGAGGAGGCCCGUGUGGCAACCGGACGACAAUGGUGCGCCGAGAAGCGCACGGCGAGGUACACGGGUGCCCAACAGACGCGGAGGAAGCGCCGGUCACAUGACCAGACCCUCCAGGCCCGCUGAAACGUGGCCCCCAUUCUCGACCGAACUCAAACACUGGAGUGAGGAUUGUGUCUGAGCCGGGUGCGAGGCCCAAGCAAGCACCGCUUCCAAAGCAGGAGACGCCAUCAUUGCUGCCGCGAGAGACGUCUGAGGGAGCAGGCACACAAAAAGGAACGGAUGUCAAGGACGAUCCGAUAUCUCUGCACAUGACGGAAGCGUUUGCCGAAGAACCGCUGUUGCCUUACGAUAAAGUUGUAGAUGAAGACACCACGGAAGCGGUAGAUGUGAGCCGACUCGUUGAGGAGAGUGCCUUCGACUUCAGGCUGCGCGAACUCGAGAAGCAGCAAGAGCUGGCCGAAGCGAAAAUGCCUUUGGACGAUGGCGACGAGCCGGAUCCGAGCUUAAGUCCUGUAGAAGAAUAUUCGAAAGAAGAACGCGACGAAGAAAACAAUGUGAGCCUGAUCGCGCAACAACCGCUAAUUACUUCACCCCUGGCGCCCCAGAAGCCAAGCGCUGCAGCCGAGGGUGAUCAGAUAGUGGAAAUCGAGGACUUGGGCUUCGAGCUCGCACCAAAAAAGAACGCCUCUUCGUCCCAGGGACGGCUGUUGGUACCCAUCGUGGAUGAUUCCUUCGAGACGGACGAACUUGCGAACGCUACAGUGAACGCGACCAUAGAGACUACACUAGAUAUAGGAGACAAUGUUAUGGACAAGGAACUCGCCAACCUCACUAUGACGGAUGCCAAGAUGAAGCGCCGUAAAUACUCUAUCGCAUCGCGCAUUCGGCUUGCGAACGAAACACUUUACAAAGAGCGGCUGAAUACCACAAGUUCGUCGGGCGCAAGACUCACCGGUCAGUCUGGGGAGUCAAACCUGCAAGCGGAAAAUCGGAACACCUCCAACAAAUUAAUGUCUAGCUCUGUUGUACAAGUUCGGUCUGGCAAAAGCAGAAACAGUCGCCGAGGCAUGACCAAGGUGAAGUCCGCGAACGAUACUCUAAAGGUCAGCAGCACGAAUGGCACAGACGCAAACAGGCCGGUAGUAACUACAAUUGCACCGAAAGUAAUUCAAGGUGUAGGCACCACAAAGCUUGUGGUGACAAACGGUACCCGAAAAUUGAGGAGAAAGAAAGUCGUGAGCGCUAAUAGGACAGUGCUCACUACAAUGCCUCCAACAAGAAUUCGAGAUGUCGGCGCUAAAAAGCUUAUGAUGGCGAAUCGUACCAAUAAAGUCAGGCGAGAGAAGAUUAAAUGCGGAAACCGGACAGGACUCACUACAAUGCCUCCAUUAGAACUUCAAAGCGUAGGAACGACAAAGUUUAAGCUGGAGAACAAUUUUCGCAAAGUCGCAAGAAAGAAUGUCCACUAAUGAAAAUAGCACACAGGUAGGUACACUGUCCCCAGUCGAAGCUCAUGUGGCAGGAAGAAGGAAAGAACGCGACAAUUCAAACACCACUUCGUUAUCACGGAUUGCGAGGAGAGGCAAGAGCAGCAGAAAAGUGUGGGGAACGCGAGCUACUACGCCGAAAAAUAAGGUCAUCGUACUUCCCAACGAAACAACGUUUUCACGGAGUGAUAAUUACUCUGACCUAGUGAUCGAAACAGAAGGCAACUAUUCGAGCAACUGCACGAUGAUUCUGCCCAAAAAUCACCCGCCCCUUACGCAUCAAGCUGACGCCAUCGACCUGAUCUCGCAAUGGAAAUAUUUCGAAGAUAAGGUGCAACCCCGGCUGCCAAACGAGACGACCGCUCCGCAAGAACUGCGCAAUACUGUUACUACACUUCGAAAUUACAUUAUACGCAACAGUCUUCCCCGCUGGAGCAUCGAUUCUGACUACUUUCGAAAAGCCGGAGUCCUGACUGGUCUGUUUCCCCAGUCAAAAAUGGGAAUCCCCGUCAAUUUCCUCUUUUACUCUUGCAACAGCUCCAUAACUCCGAUCACGCUGCAGAAUGACGCGAAAUCUCUUCAAGCUGUUUCCCUUGGCCCAGACAGCAAGCUCCAAGUAAUCUGCCACGACUUUGGACAGGGCGCCUCGGAGCGCUGGGUGAAACAACUCAAGGAUGCUAUUUUGAAAGAGGGCAAAGAUAACCACGUUCUAGUCGUGGGCUGGCGCCAAGCUGCGUCUCGCAACUACUGGACUGCCGUGGCCAACUCGCGACCCGUGGGACGCAAGCUAGCGUGCCUGCUGCGGCGGCUGAGAGACGAGCGAGGCCUGCGGCUGCGCAGCGUGCACCUUGUGGGGCUCGGACUGGGAGCGCACGUGGCCCGAUACGCCGCCGUCUCGGUCAUCCACAAGCUGUGCGAGAGGGUCGGCCGCGUCACAGGCUUGGACGUGUCGGCUCCGCUCUUUGAAGAAUUCGGAGAGACCUUGAACGCGGCAGUCGCUGAGUACGUAGAUCUCAUUCACACCAGUGCGGACUUCGUCGGUGGCCUGCGGGGACAGAUAGCGGCGACUGGUCACGUGGACUACUACACCUCCGGCGUGUUCUCGCCGAAGAGCUGCAUCUUGUCCAGGAAGGAUUUCCGGCGAGACUGCGACCAUGCCCAGAGCGCCGAGCUGUUCGUGAAAUCUGUACGCGACGGGUGCGGCUACCGGUCCACCUCGUGCGAAUUGUGGAGCACCGUUGACACGUGCAGCGGAUGCGGCCCGCGUGGCUGCGGGCACAUGGGCUUUCGCUCGCCCAGUGCCAAUGGAACGGGUCCCCAGUUCCUUCCCAUGCGUGUGCCAACACUCUACUGUGAAGACAAGCCCGUGGUCGCUCGCUGAGCAAUCCGACCUGAGCGCUAGCACUGUGUAUAUCUAUACUGGCGCAACUUGUCGAACUCUGAGCAGUUAACCUUUGGCCUUUUCGAACCAGACAGAAAGUCUCGUUUGCUCUGUAGCAGCGCGCGCUGGUAUUGGGUUGUUGACACGUGUUCGCAUUAAAGGGUCAAACCGUUUUGUAAUUUUCAUCUCUUGCUGUAUCACUACUUACAGGUGUCAAAACGACAAGAUAGCUUUGUCGCUUAACUAUAGUUAGCCCAUUGUGAGAAAUAACUCAAAGCGCC